ACCAAAGAAGGCCAAGAGGAGGCAGGCAGCAGGAGACAGCGGCUCCUCCAAUGUGUUCUCCAUGUUUGAGCAGAGCCAGAUUCAGGAGUACAAAGAGGCUUUCACAAUCAUUGACCAGAACAGAGAUGGUAUCAUCAGCAAAGAUGACCUGAGGGACGUGCUGGCCUCAAUGGGCCAGCUGAACGUGAAGAAUGAGGAGCUGGAGGCCAUGAUCAAAGAGGCCAGCGGCCCAAUCAACUUCACCGUCUUCCUCACCAUGUUCGGAGAGAAGCUGAAGGGUGCUGAUCCCGAAGACGUUAUUCUUAGCGCCUUUAAGGUCCUGGACCCCGAGGGUACCGGAACCAUCAAGAAGGAAUUCCUUGAGGAGCUCUUGACCACUCAGUGCGACAGGUUCACCAAGGAGGAGAUUAAGAACAUGUGGGCCGCCUUCCCCCCAGAUGUUGCUGGCAACGUAGACUACAAGAACAUCUGCUACGUCAUCACACACGGAGAGGAGAAGGAGGAGUAA